UUUAGUUCACAAUAUCUGGGACUUGUGGUUCGAGCACGUUUGUUUCUAAUGGUCUGUUCUCGUGAUUUGAUUUUCAGCUGUCCGCACUGCUGAACUGCUUUUUGCGGGUCACACGGAGGUGAACUUCGAAUCACUAUGGGUCUGUAUGCCACUUCUUAACACGUUACCCCCCACGUUGUUUCAGAUACCUUUUCAUUUCAAAACUACCACCCUUCGUCCUCACUCAGCAGUUACCGUUCGCUUUGGAUCCCUCCGGUCAGUACACGUCCGGUCUCCCUAGCAGCUUGGAAAAUGUCGCCUUACGAGUUUUCUACCCCAAUGGAAGUCGUAACGUACCAAGAUAAUCAUUCUUCAAACCUUACUGAUACCGGAGAUUGUUGGCGAGCUCUCCACGCAUCCAUACCGCGUUCAUAUGAUUCUCCCUCGUUGAUUUCGACAUCCACUUGUUCGGAGACAGACAGUAGCAGUAUUCGGAGCUUGUCAUGCGCAAAGGAUUUCGUAGACAAUUCUCACAGUUCGCCGCCCACCACCAGUCCAUGUUCUAACAGUGUGCCAACUAGUUCUCAAGUUCCGACCUGUGGUCCCAAGAAGACCUUAUACCCUUUGCAGACCGUGGACCGCUUGACUGCGCCUUACCAAAACUUGCCCUGCGCAGGUAAUCCCGUUCAUAUCUACACAUGGUCCCUACCAAAGCCCCCCAUUUUGGCAAGUCUGGCAGGUCUGGACCCUCAGUGUUUCACUAAUACGGACCGAGGGUUUGGACUUUUGUUCUCUCAGCCCAUUGCGGCAAACGAGUAUGUUUGUCGACUUCCACUCUAUCUUACUCGUGGUAUGGCUCGCGCUCGUGUGCGCCAUGUCAAGUCUGUAAUCCUCUCCGAAGAGAUGCUGGAAGUAAUCAUUGCAGCUCACCGCGUGAUAGCCGAACUGUUAACCAACAUUGCCGAUUUGUCUCACGUUGGACAAAUGGGGACGAAACAACGACUAGAUGCCUUGUCUCACGCAAACUCAGAAGGCAGGCCUCGACCAUGUGCGCAAAACGUCCGAGAUAGAUUUAGUGACCUUCAUUUUGAUCCGGUGAAAUCGCGUACUUUGUGUCUUGUCACAUUCUUCUGUUCGUCAACAAACGAUAUCGAUCUCGAAGCAGCUCGAACUCUUCUAAAGUGGAACAAGGGCCGAAUUAACUGGAACUUUCAGGAAAAAGCAGUUCCAGGAAGGUUGAUUCAGCCGAACCAUGGAAUCAUACCUGCAUACCCGGUUUGGUUGAGUCAAGUGCCGAUGGCUUAUUGGCCAGGAGUCUUGGUUCGACCGUGUCACUUACCAUCGAACGACCCUGGUCUGUUUGCGGUUUCUGGAGCAAGUUCGAAGACUGGAUUGGAUCCAGUUCCUCCCAAUCUUGCCGAAAAGGUUUGUGCGGCGGUCAACUCUGAACCAUCUUCGAACUCAGAGAACGCUGUCCCGAUUCCUGUCAACCCGGUCUUCUCUUAUGUUGACUAUUUCGCCAUUCGUCAUCCAGCCAUAUUUUGUUUAUUGGAUCGUAUUGAUCAUAACUUACCAUUAGUUGGCUGUCAUCGUCUGACAAGACAUCAGAACGCUGCACAAGUUACUGCAGGGAUGCGGAAGAAUAAUUCAAUCGAGCCCGCUGACGAUAAGGAAUUUAGCUAUCUGGCAGACGGUUGUAUCCUCCACCCUCUUUCCGCUUGGCUUUGGUUUCAGAUGUCAAUCAUCCCAAUGAUUGUAUACCAGAUGACUCGAGCGUUGUCGGCAUUGCAGUUGUUCACUGUUCUCUCACAUGAGUUGGGCUACUCAUGUCCGCCGCCUUCACAAUCGACUCAAUCCCCUUCAUCUGUGGAUCCCACUGUCCUCCUACCCGAUCGCCUGGAUUCACCGAAGUGUAUGCUAAGCGAUCUGCAACGAAGCACUGCUGCAGAUGUGACAGCAGAAGAGAAUUUUGAAGACGAAUACCUUCUAACAGACGAGGCUAGCCGUCGGGUAGAACCAAGUAAACAUGUGCCGAACCCGGCAGAUUUACUGGAAUCCCUGACUCUCUUGGGUGCUCGUGAUGCCGUCAAUCUAGAACGGCUUGAACUUCUUGGGGACUCAGUGUUGCAACUUAUCAGCACACUCACCGUGUAUAGCGGUUCUCAUGAAGACGCUGAUGAGGGUCAACUGACUGCUAAGCGUGUUGCUUUGGUGUCCAAUUCCAACUUGCGCAAUAUAGCUGUCCGUUUGGGUUGGCAGAACUACUGCACGGGACAGGUGUACUCGCCACCAGAUCACUUUAUGUUCCCUUGUUACGAUCUCUCGAGUUCGGUACCUCAUCGCGAUAGUGACACCAGACUGUUCGUCAGACUGACAGACAAAUCCUUGGCCGAUAUGGUGGAGGCAAUCGUUGGAUGCUUCCUGCAACACUUGGGUCUUCCAGCUGCCUUUCGCUUGCUGACCUACCUUGGAAUUUCGCCGUACGCCAAUCCGUCCUCACAAGGAAAGGAGGUCGGCGCAUGGGAUCAGCUUUUAUCUGAAACUCAGCAGAAUAAUAGACAUUCUCACUCGACACUAUUCCGUCCUCUGGAAUUUCGACCGACGUUCUAUCUUCCUGAUCGGAACUGUCCUGCAGGGAGCAUAUCGAGAUUGCCGAAUGGAACAGAGAAGGAUGACCUUAUUGAACGUCAGUCUCUCCGGCUAGUGGGUCUCCAAAAUAUUCUGGGUUAUCAGUUCAAGGACAUAAGUUUACUCAUUCGGGCUCUGACGCAUCAGUCGUCUCCGCAGACGUCUCUCUUUGGAUCUUAUCAAAGGCUGGAGUUUCUGGGCGACGCUGUUCUUGGUUAUGUGAUCACCAUCUAUUUGUACGAAAAGCACGUUGAGUUCGAUCCAGGCCAGUUGACCGAAUCUCGUUCGAACAUCGUCAGCAACAAUAGUUUGGCCUGUGCUAUCGUCGAACAUCAACUUCAUCCAUAUAUCACUCACAAUCAACCCGCCUUUGAUACUGCUGUUGAUUUUAUUCAAUUUAUUUUGGAUACGACCACCUCCUUGUCGGAUCAGUUAGAACUACUCAAUCAAGAAGUGCUGAAGGGCUUGCGUGCCAAGAUCCUCGCCGAUGUAUUCGAGGCGAUCGUGGGUGCAAUAUUUGUGGACACCCAGGGUAGUUUAUCCACCGUGUCUCAGCUUAUUCAUAGAUUGUUGGAUUCACGGAUUGAUGAUUAUUUAUUACGGAAUCCCAUGAAUCCUCUCAAAUCCAUGCACAUUUUGCAUCCCCGCCUCAAGUAUACCGAGGGUCAAGUAGAAGAAGCAGAAGCCGGAAAAAAGUACAAGCUUUGUGCUACGGUCUCUGGAGGACAAGUCUUCACUUAUGGAGCGACACGCAAUGAAGCACGCCUUGCCCUGGCACGCCAUCUUCAAGUUCCACUGCGUACAAUAGACCAGAAUCAAUGCUAGAGAAGAUUGGGCUACUGGCGUAUAGUGAUCAAUACCAACUGCACUGCCUUCAAACUUUAUACAAAUGCCUGCAUUUCCCCUGUUGUUUGUAGUAUUUUGCAAUUCAACUUUUCUAUCUUGGACACCUUUUAUAUCAAGUCAUAUUAUUGAA